CCCCCUGGCCAAGUGCGGUGCACGCCGGGCCUUGUAGUCUUGUUUUCCAGAGAGGUCAGGGCUGGGCAGCUACUCCGGGAGGAGUCGGCCGGCGCAGGAUGUGAGCUCACAGCCGGGAUUGCUGGCGGACCGGCGACCACAGGCCCAAGGCCGGUGCGGAGUCCACCCGCCACUCGGUAGGGAGGAGAGGCACCCUGGAGGACGCACUGAGAGUAUGAGGUUCUGGCCUCCAUCAGCCACUCACUUGUGACCACUUCCACCACGGCGGAGUCUUCCAAGCCUACCUCCUGCCGUGUGGUGAUCUACCUGCAGCGGGAGAUGUCUGGGGACACCUGUCUGUGCCCGGCCUCAGGGGCCAAGCCCAAGCUAAGUGGUUUCAAGGGAGGCGGGCUGGGCAACAAGUAUGUGCAGCUCAAUGUUGGCGGCUCCCUGUACUACACGACCGUGCGGGCCCUCACCCGGCACGACACCAUGCUCAAGGCCAUGUUCAGCGGGCGCAUGGAGGUGCUGACUGACAAAGAAGGCUGGAUCCUCAUCGACCGAUGUGGAAAGCAUUUUGGCACCAUUUUGAAUUACCUCCGAGAUGACACCAUCACCCUCCCUCAAAAUCGUCAAGAAAUCAAGGAAUUGAUGGCUGAAGCAAAAUAUUACCUCAUCCAGGGGCUGGUGAACAUGUGCCAGACUGCCCUGCAGGACAAGAAGGGCUCCUACCAGCCCGUGUGCAACAUCCCCAUCAUCACAUCCCUGAGGGAAGAGGACAGGCUCAUCGAAUCCUCCACCAAGCCCGUGGUGAAGCUGCUGUACAAUAGAAGCAACAACAAGUAUUCCUAUACCAGCAACUCUGACGACCACCUGCUGAAGAACAUCGAGCUGUUUGACAAGCUGUCCCUGCGCUUCAAUGGCCGGGUACUCUUCAUCAAGGACGUCAUAGGUGAUGAGAUCUGCUGCUGGUCCUUCUAUGGCCAGGGUCGGAAGCUGGCAGAGGUGUGCUGCACCUCCAUCGUAUACGCCACAGAGAAGAAGCAGACCAAGGUGGAGUUCCCAGAGGCCCGGAUCUAUGAGGAGACACUGAAUGUCCUACUCUAUGAGACCCCCCGCGUCCCUGACAACUCCUUAUUGGAGGCCACAAGCCGGAGUCACAGCCAGGCUUCCCCCAGUGAAGAUGAGGAGACUUUUGAACUCCGGGACCGAGUGCGCCGCAUCCAUGUCAAGCGCUACAGCACUUACGAUGAUAGGCAGCUCGGCCACCAGUCUACUCAUCGAGACUGACGGGCCCCUGCCGUCCUGUGGAGCUCCAACCCCACUGGCCACUCCUUGCUGCUGCCAGCUAGAGUCAGCUCCAGCAUGCAGAGGUGAUGGGUCCUGCCUGGGAGUUCAGAGUGCCUGCCAGGGCCCCUCCCCCCCCAGUACUUCCAGAAGCUUCUCCCAACAGGAAGAUGCUUCUGCUCUGGGGGGCAUGGACCCACACCUCCGGCUAAGAAGCCAUUCCCAUGAGGAAUGUCGUCACAGGGGAGGAACGGCAGCUUCUGGUGCUAUGGAGGCCUCCUCUUUAACAGGAGGGGCUUCUUCAAGGAUUUUUAAGCAUAGGUUUGACAAGCUUGGGUUUUAAAUAAUAUAGAUGUCGGAUGUAGUGGUGCAUACCUUUAAUCCUAACUUAUCUGGGAGGCUAAAGUGGGAGAUCAAGUUUUGUUGCCAGCCUGGGUAACUUAUCUAGACCUUAUCUCAAAGAGUAAACUUCUAUCUAGAGGACCAGGCAUGGAACUCAGUGGUAAAGAGAUUGUCUGGCCUGUGCAGUCUACCUGAUUCAGUCCCCAGUACCACCAAAAACACACACAAAAAAAACUAAGAAUUAUUUUUGCGUCUCAUGAGUGAAGACUGGGCAUUUUUGUUGCCCCCACAGGGUGCCAGAACCCUGUUUAAGGCAGACCCCUCUGUCUAACCCUCCCCCUUGCCUUUGAGAUCUAUCUUGAAAGCACUUUGUACUUUUAUUCAGGAGAUUUUUACUGUGUCCUAACCCGUAUCUUUCUCACCUGAAUCCCCUUUCCUGUAGAAACAGCUUGAGAGAGGGGAUAAAGAGGAAGCAAUUGAUUAGCUGGAGCUGGUAGUAUGUACCUAUAAUCCCAGCACUUGUAAGGCUGAGGUAGGGGAAUCCCCAAAUUUGAGGCUAAUUUGGGCUGUUCAGUGAGACUUGCAAAGAAAAAAAAAGAAAAGAAAGAAAAGCAAUAAAAAAAAACACAAACAGCUUUAGCUUUGCCAGUCUUGGCCGGCCAGCCAACCUAAAGGGCACCAAGGAAGGAAAGUUGGGACCUGGGGUCUUACUAGCAUCUUGUGAAAAGACCCUACCCAACCUCAUAGGGCCACUUCACUGACUCCUUGCAUCUAACAGGGUUCUUUUUGACUCUUGUCCUUUGUUGCCCUCAGUCCCAAGACACAAUGCCCUUUUAUACUGUAAAACCAAAAGCUGUCAUGGGGGCAGAGAGCGCCUCUGGACCAGAAAUACAUGGAAGCCACAGCAAGAAGGCAGCAGAACCCAAGCAUUGCGCAUUGCCGGCCUGUGUGCCCAUUAGCUGAGGACAGCAAACUGGGAUCCCAGCAGACUGUGCAUCAAUGGCUCAUCCUGAUAUCCAUGUUCUUGGAGAAGGCGGUUCUGCCACGUGGCGAGUGCAUACAUACAGUGAUGGGAAACCUUUCUUUUAGGUCGCUUGGCCUGGAGAUGCCAAGCACCAGACAGGGUGUGAGUUUCUCCUCAUGACUUUGGUUCUCAUCGCCUUGUUUGGCUUGGAGCUUAUCUGAAUUGUUUGCAGAGGAAUGCUGAGGGAGAGAACUGAUGGUCUCUGCUGGACAGAGCAUCGUGGCCACAUGCAGUGCCUGCUUCCUUGGGGAAGAGCACGGCUGAUCAGGUUCAGUUUGUCCCUGUGUUGACUACUCGGGAUCACCUAGUGGCUACACAGAGCUGACUACUGGAAAAUGCCAGGCCCAGAGUUGGGCAAUAUGACUUAGUCAGGCAUUUUAUGUUAAGUCACAGUCUUGAAUGUAGAAAUAGUUGUAAGACUUAGAUCAGGCACCUUAGUGAUCAGCUACUAAUUCUUAUAGCCUUCACUGGAAUUAAGACAAUCCAUUUCUUGCACAAAUUCAAGCUUUGGCUUUGUGUCUUUUCCAGAGAGACUGGAAUGCUUCAGCCUGAGGCCACCAGCCUAUUUUCUCAGCUGUUCUCAUGAAACCCUUUAGAACUCAAAAUUCCCAGCUCCCCACUGAGUAUUCCCAUGCUUGUUCUUUGACCCCCAUGUCCCCUUUAGCCUCUACUUGCUUUAAUAUUCAGGCCCUCAGCUCUUCGUGGUGUCUAGUCCUGGGUUCUAAGAAAGCACAGUAGUCCGAGGCUGGGCAUUUAUAUUCUUUGACUGGAAAUAACCUUGGUCUUAAAACACUAACACUGAUCUUAGCUUUGUUGAGUGGACCUUGUGACUUAUGGGUAUGAGGAAUCUCUAGUCCCAAGGGAUGAAAACACAGGUCUUGACACUAUGAAUUUUCCAAAGAAAAGCAGCCUAUGGGAGAAUAAAAAGAGUAGGGAAGGUCAAACUGUCAAUUUCUGAAGAAACUGGGAUUUCUUCAGAAAUAAAACCCAGGACUGGGUUUUAUUAAAUUUGGUAUGCAACCAUCGUCUGUCCAAAGGAUGGCACAGAUUCUGGCAUGAGAGAACUUUUCCUUUGUCAUAUAACUGCAAUCCUUUGUGGCUCAGCCUAAGUGAUGGAAGUAAACACUAAUUUCUAAUAAAAUUGUACAAUGCUA